CCGCCAUCGCCAGGCAGCGGCUACCGCAUGAGCCAAGACGAUCUGAACAAAAGUGAACUUGUUUUGGGGGAAAUUCCCAGGGCCCCGUCACCAAGCGGCUACCGCUUGAGCCAGGACGAUUUGAGCAAAAGUGAACUUGUUUUCGGUGAAAUACCCAGGGCUCCUUCGCCAAGCGGGUAUCGCUUGAGCCAGGACGAUUUGGACAGAAGCGAAUUUGUUUUGGAGGAUAAUCGCAAGCCCGUACCUCCAAGGGAAAGGGAACCCGCUCCUGCAGUUUCCAGGUUGCCGUUACGGCGGGGGCGCCGAAGCCAAGACAAAUUGCACUCAAAGGACGACAAUGUUGCCUUGUCCGACAAGGGCCCCAAGGACGCUGCACCUGCGGUCUCAGCUCCGGAGCCAGUCAGGCAGGAGCACCGGAGACAAAGUCAGUCGAACAGAAUGAACGAUGGCCCCUUGAAGGACAAUGACAAAUCGAACUACUCGUUCCCCGCACGUCCCAAGCCCAAGGAGGCCAACGAGGACUAUCCACAACCGACGCGGGCUCCUAGCGGUGACACCCCCGACUUCCGUGACCGUAGCCAACCCACAUCUCAGCAGCAACAGCAGCGCCCUCAGAAAUCUGAGACGACCACGCGACAAGGCCCCAAAGAACCGUCACCUGCUGUCACACCCCGUGAGCCACCUAGCGAAGAAUACCGGGGAAAGGAUGAACGGGAUGUCGCUCCGGAGGAAGCUCGCAAAGCUAGAGGUCUCAAGGACACUGUUCCGGCACCGCGGCCGUUGAUUUGGAACGAGCCCCGGAGUGAGGAUGGGCCAACUCCGGCAGUCAAGGAUGAUGCUGCCUUUGAGAACAAUUCUCGACCCGUGGUCUCUGAGGAAACGCCUUCGGAUGAAUUCGUGCUGGCGCCAAACGGCGAGGAACGCUGGCGUAGAGAUGAACCGGAUUCGAAUAACGACAAUGUGCUGGAGAAUGACCGGGGAGCCAGGGGCGAGGAAGACAAUAACGUGCAAAGGUACAGAUUUUCCCGUCAAGAGGAAAAACGCCAGAGAGAAGAAGAAAGACGACGCCAGGAAGCUGAAGGAAUUGCGGGUCCUAAUGGUCAAACUAGAGAGGAGGAGUAUGAGAAGGACCGCAAGGAUGCCGAAGAGCAUGAACCUGCGCGUUCCGCCGAGACGCCAGUAAAGGUAGAUGAUGGAAAAGACAACACGGAAGACUUGAGACUUCCCUUCCCCCUAAGCGUGCCUGAAUCCCGACUCAGGAGCCGUUCAAUAUCCCCUUCUGGUUCGGCGAAGGCCAUGGUCGAUGUGGGUCCGAAAUCUCGAAGUAGGCCUACCUCGCCCGAAUCGAACCGACAGCGACAGUCGCUUCAUGCCGCCGAUGGUGACCGGUCACGGCGACUCUCCAUGCUUCAAGACUCCCAUACAGCCGUUCCACUACAAUUCCGUCGUCCGCCCUCGACAUCACCUACAGGCCGCCGCUCGCCAUCCGUUGGUUCUCCCGAGCUGCCUGCUCUGUCACUCAGCUCCCCACCUGAGAGACGCGCCCGACGAAGGUCAAUGGAAUUUGUGAACUCGCGUGAGAUCAUGCCGUUGUUCCUUGUCGAGCAGAAUGGGCAGCACCAGCACCCUAUCGAGGAGCAGUUUCCGUCAUUGCCGUCGAGUAAGAGUUCGUCAAGAACUUCAUCGCCAGUAAAGAACUUGGGGCCGGAUGAGAAGGGCUGGGAAGCGGUUGAGCCGAUUCAAGAUGAGAAUGUUGAAGAGCAGUCGAAGCCUAAGCCUUCUACCAUGAUUCCUUCUCAAGAAUCCGCUCUGAGCCAAGAGGAGCAGCCCAAGCCUGAGCCGUCUACCGUGAUUUCUUCUCAAGAACCCGCUCUGAGCCAAGAGGAGCAGCCCAAGCCU